CUUUUGAACUCGGAGACCUCAGACCACCAAAAUCUACUUACGAUGUAUGGUGUUUAAAAAGAAGCCGGUAGAGCCGAGUUCCUUUUUAAUGCCACGUUGCCCUGCAUAUUGUAUUGUAUGAGUUUAUUCUGUUUUUUUUUUGUGCAACAGAAACCGUAUACAACAAAUGCAAAACCAUGGAUAAAAUAUUCUGUAUUUCAACUAUAAUUGUGGCCAUUUUUUAUCAACUUAUUCCUGUAAAUUCGCUGUCUUUUACUCUAUCAUCUGGGGCGACAAAAUGUCUCAAAGAAGAACUGCACAAAGACGUUCUGGUGACAGGGGAAUAUCAACUAUCCGAAGCUAAUCAAAAGACACAUUUAACGGUAUAUAAAUACAAGCUUUGCAUCAAGUGGAUAAAAUCGAUUAUUAAUAUGUUCAAUUUGGGGCUAUUUUCCAUUUGCAGAAAUUUCCAGAAUGUGGUAAAUUUUUGUGAUUGGAAAUUGGGACCCUGCAACCAGAUUUGAAUGACCACACUUAAUUCUGGUUGGUAAUUGUGUUGGUAUGAGUACAGGCUCACCACACGCUCCUAUCUAAUAAACUGUUUAUAAUUGCUGUACAUUCAAGUUAUAUGGCAAUUUUAAACUGUUGAGAGAAUCAACAAAUCAGAUUGCAACCCAUGAUUGUUGAUUUGGGGCCGGUGGUACGAGGGUCGGAUAGCGCUAUCCACCGGAUAGUAAUUUUUUCAAGCUUUGUGAAACUGCGGAUAUAGACGACACAAGAAGUAUAAAAAACAUUUCACUUAUAAAUACUAAACUUUAAUACAAGUUAUACCAAUCAACGACUGAUAACAAAGCUUGAAAAAAUCGCUAUCCGAUGGAUAGUGCUAUUUUGCACAACACAACUUUCAGGAUGAUUUACACAACACAACUUUCACCUAAAACUGCCCUAUGACAAUGUGAGUUGUAUGCUUGAUUUACACAGUACAACUCAAGUUGUAACCAGGUUGCAUGUGAAAGUUUUGGACAAGUUGUGUUGGCAGUCUGCAAGCAGUGUUUCCACAUUUCAAAAUUAGCAUUUCCUUUGAAUUUUCAUAAAAAAUGUAAAGCAUAUUUGCGAACCCACACGAUUCCCGAAAUAUGACUGAAAUCAAAAUUUUUGUCAUCAGGUGACAGAUUCGAAAGGGCAUGUCCUAUUUAAGAAAGAGGAUGCAACUAAAGGAAAGUUUGCUUUCACGACGGAGGAUUACGAGAUGUAUAAAAUAUGUUUCCAGAGUGAAGGUAGGCUAAUAUGUUAUAACCAUCUGAUAGGCUAAUAUGUUAUAAGCUAUAUAUGAUGAUUUUACAUUACAGGGUUAGCAGAUUUUGUUUUUUGCAAGUAAUGUUUCCACUUUUCAAAACUGAAAUUUCCUUCAAAUUUUCAAGAAGGAAAUUUGCAAAUUGAUCCCCCCCCCUAAUUUGAACCCUGUCUUAUUUGAGAUAUUUUUCUUGCAGGCAAAGCAGGAUCUGGAAUGGAUCGUGAAGUAUCGCUAGUAUUAAAACAUGGAGCUGAAGCAAAAGAUUAUGACAAGGUUGAGAAGAAAAAUAAACUAAACCUUUUUAUUUACACUAGAUAACUCUAUCAGUUCAAAACUGUUCUUCCUAGAGGUGCAGCAACAAGGCUGUCUGUAACAUACAAAAUAUUUUUCAUCAUAGAUGGCAGCUGUAGAGAAAAUGAAGCCUCUUGAGAUUGAACUAAAACGUCUGGAAGACUUAGCAGAAGACAUUGUUAACGAUUUUGCAUACAUGCGGCAGCGAGAACAAGAAAUGAGGGACACUAAUGGUUAGUAUGCAUUGUGUUCUAAACUACACCAAACUAACUUUAUUUAUGCUGAAUAACUCUUGUAGUUCUAAACUGUUCUUCCCAGAGGUCCAGUAAGGGUCAUCCUUUAUUUGUGCAAGGUGUUACGACAGGACAACACAACACCUUAACUAAACUAACCUGAACUGGGGCCGGCUGUAUCAAGCCCUUUUAGCUUUAUAAACGGUGGUUAAGCUCAAAAUAGAAAGCAAGUCCAUAGAUUCAUUCAACAACCGAAUUAAAAGUUUUGAACCUUAAUAGAACGAUAUUGUUUACAACUACAUAUUCAGUGCAGAAUAUUUAAGUUAACUGAUUCAUGAGAGAUAUAAGAGUGUUAUUUAAUUUUGACUUAUCCACCGUUUAAGCUAAGCGGGCUUGAUACAACCGGCCCCUAGAUAGAUCUAUCUUGUCUAAACUGUUCUCCUUAUCUGGGGACCAGUGUUAGCAACCUUCACAAACAUAACAUUGAUUGUAUCUUUUAUUUUCUAGAGUCUACCCAUUCAAGAGUUCUCUACUUCAGCGUAUUUUCAAUGCUUUGCCUCCUUGGACUAGCAACAUGGCAAGUUUUCUACUUGCGCCGAUUUUUCAUUGCCAAGAAACUGAUCGAGUAAAAACUUAUGAACUGAAAAUGAACAAUGUAUGUUAUGGUGUGACAAUAUGACAUGGUUUAAAGCGAUAAUCUUGCAUCUAUUUUACAUCAGUUAAGCUAUGAAGCAUGGUUUGGAAAUUUAUAAGCAGGUGUUUCAAAUUAUUAGACAAAUAUUGUACUAUUAAAUUAGUUUAUAAAAUUGAAGUCCAAUGUAAGAAUAUAUGCCAUUCGCUUGAAUAUAUGCCAUUCGCUUUUAAAACUUAUCACAGAAAACUUACAUUCAUCUUUAUGUGCUCCUGAAGCAAACUUGUUUAUAGUAAAUUAAAGAACUGUUAGAAAUGUUUUACCAACAUGAGAAAUUUCAAAAAAGUUUGGCAUUGUACUUCAUUAAAUUACGGUCUUUAAUAGUUUGCCUUCGUUUGUACAUCGUCAAUCGUUUGUACAUCGUCAAUAGACCUUUCCAGUAAUUACGUCAUGACUAACACUGUUUUCAACUUAGGACCACCUUGAAUGGAAUGGAUUUUAAGUUUGUUUUUCACGGGCUUUGGUCAGAGGAGCAGAACAUCCUCCUUCAACACAUGCAUAAAAAAGAAUUUUGGAUUUUGACCAAUAAAUGUGGAAAUAAGCUUUAACACGAAAACGAGGCUGAGGGGCCAUGACCCGGUCCCGUGAGAAACAAACUUAAAAUCUAUUCUAUUUAAGGUGGUUCUAAGUUGAAAACAGUGUAGUUGUGACGUAAUUACCGGAAAGGUCUAUUCUUCAAAUUCGACCCUACAUAUGCACCCUUCCGGAAGUACGUCACUGUGGUUCUAGAAGCUCGCUUUCCUGUGUGUGACAUUAGAGACCUUACGAUUUUAGGACGGCAACGCGACGGCCAAAACAAACUCCUUCAAAUAAAUGGUAGGAAAGAUAGUUCGUCGUAUAUUAUCAAUCGUGUGAAUUUAAUACAGUUUUAGAAGUUGAAGACAUGGGUUUUAUAGUGGAAAGAGUUCUGCUAAACCCUGUUUGAAGUUGCACUUGUUGUAGCUUGGAAUGCAGCCGUUGUAUCAAGACGUGAAAAUCUAUGCUUUGGCGUUGUAAACAGAGCGAGGACAAGUCUAAAUUAUUCAUAUAUUGUAAUUACUCAAUUCUUUUCAAUGAUCUAUUGUAUUGGUAGCCGUUGCCGUCGCGUUGCCGUCCUAAAAUCGUAAGGUCUCUAUCAGUUCAAGUCCAACGUCGCAAUCCCGAAAACGAGGCUCUAUAACCAAGGCACUGUCCGUUGGGGUGUAUUGCUCAAAUGUGACCUAUCUUCAAAGAUUUGAGUUAAUUAGGUAAAGUUAAUAAUAUCAAUGUGGACAAAACUUAGUUCAUUCUACAAAUUACUAUUAAACUCUAUCUAUUUUAGUUAUGUGCAUACGUUGAAAGUAUUAAAUAAAUGUUUUGAAAUGUGA